CCUCCCCUAUGCACUGCCUUACUCCAUCACAUCCCUGAACGUGAGCGGUGUAGCUGAGGAGCACUUCUUUAAAACCCCGACACUUCGCUGGAGUUGCUUCCCCGCGCAUUUGAGAGUCGGAGGGAGGGGAUAAAGCAUUCCCCCAAAUCUCUUCUAACGAUGGAGACCUGUCCGGGUGCAUUCCCUGGCUCACACUUUACUCUUUUUACCUGGCUAAUUCUAUCAUUCUUGUACCUUUUUCCGAAUGUAGAGGCAGAGAUAACUUGCGCACCGUGUAUGUCGCCAAUGCAACUGAGUGACGCGGGGAAUGUGUAUAUGCGAAACCCGUCUGAUACUGGGAAAUAUUCGAGACAGGAUCAAAAGAAACCCAAGCUGCCCACAGUUCUGUACCCGAAUGGAGUACUCGGUGGACGAGCGGCAGGUGAUUUUCCUGGGUUGGUGGAGAAACUGGAAAAAGACGCGAACGCAGCGGGGUUGAACUCCCGUGCGCUUAUGGAGAACUUAACCGAGUCCGGUUUGGAUGAAGAAAUGUUUUCGGACGAAUAUUUGGAAAGUGAAUCCGAAUUCGAACCAGGGGAAAAGCAAAAUGACGCCGCGCGUAUGAGAAUUAAAAGAAGCGUGCCCGAGUUUAUGGAGAGCGCACGGAGCGGCGAGGCGCGCUCGGAAGAGCAAAGAAAAAGCCCUGGUCUGCGGAUGGAUGGACCUGCAAAACGCACCGAAGUUCGCUGGAACAGGGAUGAUGAUGGCAAAGUAUCAGAUUCCAGACCAGACGAACCCAGAGUGGUCAGCAGCACUUUUGCUCUGGCUGGAGACUCCGCGCACAACCACGCAGUCGUGUAUUGGUCCGGAAAAAACAGCAGCGUGAUUCUGAUUCUCACCAAACUGUUCGACUUUCACCUCGGCAGUGUAACAGAAAGCACUCUAUGGAGAUCAACAGAUUACGGGAGCACCUAUGAGAGAAUGAACGAUAAAGUGGGAGUCAAAACCGUUCUGAGAUACCUCUACGUCUGCCCUACCAACAAAAGAAAGAUAAUGGUGCUGACCGAUCCAGAGUUUGAAAGCAGCAUUCUCAUCAGUUCAGAUGAAGGUGCAAGCUUCCAGAAAUAACGCUUGAGCUUUUAUGUCCUGAGUCUGCUGUUCCAUCCCACACAGGAGGACUGGGCACUGGCCUACAGUCAUGACCAGAAGCUCUAUAGCUCGUUUGACUUUGGUCGAAAGUGGCAACUUGUUCACGAGCGAGUGACUCCCAACCGUUUCUACUGGUCAGUAAUAGGACUGGACAAAGAAUUAGAUCUGGUGCACAUGGAGGCCCAUACGUCUGAAGGCUAUUGUCAGUAUGUGACAUGCAGAGCUCACGCCUGCUCUGAAUCCAGCAGGACGUAUCCAUUUCCCGGAUAUAUUGAGACCAACUCACUCGUGGUUCAAGAUGAAUACAUAUUCGUGCAGGUGACGACCACAGGCAGGGCGAGUUACUAUGUGUCCUAUCAAAGAGAACCUUUCAUACGCAUUAAAAUUCCUAAGUAUUCUUUGCCCAAGGACAUGCAUAUCGUAAGUACGGAUCAGAGUCAGGUCUUCACCGCUGUCCAGGAGUGGAAUCAGAACGACACGUACAACCUAUACAUAUCCGACUUGCGGGGGAUGUACUUCACUUUGGCCUUGGAGAACGUCAGGACCAGCCGCAGCCUCGGGGGCAACAGCAUGAUCGACCUUUACGAGGUAGAGGGAAUUGAGGGUAUGCUCAUCGCUAAUAAGAAGGUGGAGAACCAGGUGAAGACGUACAUCACUUACAACAAGGGCCGCGACUGGAGGCUUUUGCAGGCGCCCGCCACUGAUCUGGCGGGAAAUCCAAUUCAUUGUGUUUUGCCCUUUUGUUCGCUCCAUCUACAACUGCAGAUGUCAGAAAACCCGUACCUCUCCGGCACCAUAUCCACUAAGAGCUCAGCGCCGGGAGUCAUAGUGGCUACAGGAAAUAUUGGCUCCGAACUGUCACACAACAAUGUAGCGGUGUUCAUUUCGUCAGAUGCCGGCAACACCUGGAGACAGAUUUUUGAGGAAGAACACAACGUGUGGUUUUUGGACAAAGGUGGAGCUUUGGUAGCAGUUAAACAACCCACUGUUCCUACCCGACAUCUUUGGAUGAGCUUUGAUGAAGGUCGCCAGUGGACGCGUCACAGUUUCUCAGCCAUGCCGCUCUUUGUGGAUGGAAUUCUGGUGGAGGCAGGUGCAGAAAACCAAAUCAUGACGUUUUUCGGCCAUUUCAGCCAUCGCUCAGAAUGGCAGCUUAUCAAAAUUGACUACAAGUCUGUGUUUACCAGAAGAUGCACGGAGGGCGACUACCAAACUUGGCACCUUCAUAACCAAGGCGAGCCGUGCAUUAUGGGUCAGAAGCAGAUCUACAUGAAACGUCGCCCGGGCAACUACUGUAUGGUGGGAUGGGACAACUCGAGGAUCUUGUCGGCAGAACCCUGCAUCUGCAGAGCGCAUGACUUUGAGUGCGAUUACGGUUUUGAGAGAAGAGGUGAUGGAAACUGUCUGCAAGCGUUUUGGUUCAACCCUUCUACUGUGUCUCGAAGUUGCAGCCAGGGGCAAAACUACCUCAACAGCACUGGGUAUCGUAAAGUGGUUGCGAACAACUGCACAAAAGGCGUGAAGGACUUAUACACGGCCAGAAAGCAGCAGUGCCCGAAUCGACCGCCGCGAGGAUUAGCCCUGGCAACCGGUGACGACAAACUCACGGCUAACUUGGGCAGCAAUGUGACCUUCCUGGUGCGGCUGGAGGAGGGCGACUCCAUGAGGACAAACAUUCAGCUGGACUUCGGAGACGGGACUGCGGUGUCCUACUCGAACCUGAGCUGGACGCAGGAGGGGAUCAGACAUGUGUACCGCAGCGCAGGCAUCUUUAGAGUGACGGCGCUGGCGGAGAACAGCCUCGGGUUCGACACGUCAUCUCUGUACCUGCACGUGACAUGCCCAGUGGAACAGAUUCAGCUGUUGGCUCCAUAUGUGGUCAUUAAGAACAAGGAGGUGAACCUGACAGCAGUGGUCUGGCCCUCUCAUUUCAGAACGCUCACCUAUUUUUGGUGGCUGGGGAACAACACGGAGCCGAUCAUUACGUUGGACAGCAGCAUUUCCUACACGUUCAGCACUGAGGGUAUGACCACAGUCACCGUGCAGGUGUCAUCGGGAGAGUCCUUACUACAAGACAGCAGGAGCAUCGCAGUGCAAGAAUUCUUCAAAUCGCUUCUUUUAUCUUUCUCUCCUAAUCUGGACGAGGCCAACCCCGACAUCCCUGAAUGGAGACAGGAUGUUGGUCGGGUAAUUAAGAAGGCCGUUCUCCAAGUUGCGACAGACAUUCCCGAAGACCAGCUGCUGGUCGCCGUGUUUCCCGGAAUUCCUACCGCCGCCGAGCUCUUCCUGCUUCCUCCCAGGAACCAAUCAGAUGGCAGGAAAAGAAGCGAGGAGGAUCUGGAGCAGCUAUCACAAGUCCUGGUCAAUGCAUUGAAUCAGAUCUCGGUGGAGUUCGAGUUGAAGCCCGGCUCUCGGGUCAUCGUUUACGUCACACAACUAACUUUAGCUCCUCUGGUUGACUCCCUCCCGAGACACAGCAGUUCUGCGAUGCUGAUGCUUCUGUCUGUCGUCUUCUUGGGUCUAGCUGUAUUUCUCAUCUACAAAUUUAAGAGGAAAAUCCCCUGGAUUAACAUCUACGCGGAGGUGAACCACGAGAAAGAGCAGGAGAUGAUCAGUACGGUGGGCCAAAAUGAUGCCACGCCCAAAAUCACCCUGAGCGAGUUCUCCACCCAGAAAGAGAUGAUGGAGAAAGAGAUGGAGGCACGCGCCAAACGAGCCGUGAUCAACACCUGUGAAAGCACAAGGGAGAUUCCGAACUGCACGAGCGUCUGAAACAGUCCGGAAGGAGGAGGUGUAAUGUAAUGAUGUGUACAGAGGUAUCACAAUUUUAAAAGUUGACAGUAAUCCUUUUGCUUUUUUGUAAUUUGGAAACACUCAUUGUUAAUAGUUUUCUAAGGAGCUCAUUUACACAGAUUUGCAUGAGCAUCUCGUUUGUUACGAUCUGUUAGGGAAAUACGGACACGCUAGUAACUACAUGUCAUUGAGUAUGAUUUAAACAGGCACAGUUUGAAUAUGAGGAAAUCUGAAUUAUAUUUUAUUGUCGUUUAUGUUUGUUUGCUUUGCUUUUUUUUACUUUUUAUAUCAAUUUUUUAUAUCAAAACUACACCUUUAUGCCAUUUUUGUAGUAUGUUUGUUUGUUAUCAAAACCACACACAUUAUAAAGAGUGCAUCUAAUGACUACUGUAUAUUUAUUUAAUUUUUAUUCUUUUUUUUACUACAUUUAGUAGAUCUUGUCAUUUGCGGUAUAUAUUUGUUAGAACUUAAACUGAAGGAGUAAAACGAGAUAUGCCAAAGGGGCAGCAGUUCACAACCCAUUGAAGAUUACAGCUUGAAAUAACCAUGCCCUACUAUCUUCUCAAUUGGCUGUUGCUUUAACAUUUAUGUAAAUCUGGCCGUGAACGCAAAGUUCAACCGAAAUGUGAAAUAUUUUCCAAAAACACUGUGAUAAAACGUUAUUUGUGCGGCAAGGUUUUUGUAUCUCUACAAGGGGAGAAUAUAACUACAAUCUUGUCUCUUAUAGCACGGUUGUUUUUGGAGUCCAGACUUUGUUAAAAGUCCAUGACCUACUGAAUGACGCAUUGAGAAUUUGUAAUUGAAGAACAAAAUGCAAGUUGUGGUGGAGCUUUAUCAGUCUAAAAGGGGAAAGCAAAAGUUUAACCUUGAAUCCCUCGUACCUUCAGCUAAUGCAAAUUACAGUAAGCUCCUUCAAAUACGUACAUUCCAUGAUCUUUCUCUUCUUGUUUUUUUUUAAAUGGCUUACAGAAGUUUGAUUCAGUGAAUGCCUUACAAAUACGAAUGCCUUUUGUAAUUAUGUGUAUUCAUCAUAAUAUCUGGCCAUUUAGACAUGAAAUGUAAUUUAUAAUAAGUGUUUCUUUUUCUUCCUUUCUCUUAACCGAUAUUGUGUCUCAUCCCUCAUUCAUAGAACUGUACAGUAUUCUCAAUAGAUCUCGAAUUUUUGUUUCUGUAUAUACAGUGAGUGUAUUUUCAUUUACAUAUGCUUAUAUUGUAAAUAUAAGAGUGAAGACUUGACCUCACUGGACACGUCUGCUUUAAGGUACAUUUCAAAAAGAGGGUGUUAAGACUCACACCAUUAAUUCAUCGAUGUGCUGUAAAUAAGCCGAUGCUGUAAAUAGUUUUUUAUUCAUUCAUCGUAUGAGAAGAAAACGAGUAAACACGUGCUGCAAAGUGCAUCUAUGUUGCCAUAUGAAUUUCAAGGUCAUAGCUGGCAGUGUUUUAGUAUAUAGUUCAUUUUUUGUAAUUGGAGUAGAUUGCCUCUUUCACACGGAAUGAAAAUAACCAUUUAUGAAAAAGCAGAUGGUGUCUUAGAUUCCAUUGUGAAUGUAAAUGUAUAUCAAUAGAUCAGAAUAUAAGUGACGCUGGCCAAACAUCCCAAUAAAUAAAUUACUGUUUUAAUUGAUCAAUUACGUUCAUAACAAACCAAACAACACUGUGUUGUCUCAUUUCACGUUUAAGCAGACUUUACAAUUGGACAGAUUUUCUCUGAGUGAAAAAAAGGCAAUCGCUUGUAAUGUUUUUGAAAAUGGACAAGUAAAUCAGAUCAAUAUUGAAUUGACCGUUUUUGUAUCAUUUUCAUAAUCAUAAACGGUUGCAUGCGUCAUUAUGUUGCAUGCUCUGUUCCAAAAUCUAGUGAGCUGCCUGGCAGUCUACAGACUUCAUAGGGUGCUGCCUUCUGAGAAAAUAUCUGAUCAAAUAAGGAAUCACAUAAGUGAUUUGAAAUGCCCUACAUAAACAGCAAUUGUAUUCACAAGCAGCGCUCUUUACACCAUGACCACGGCAAUGCAUUAUUGGAUUGCCUUGAAAGACUGCCGAAAAUGUUAUGCUAGCCAAAAGAUGUUACUGGAUGCUAGAGUCAUCAUCUCCCAUCUUUAAAAAAACAGCCUUGGGAUUGUGAGCGUCCCUUAAAAUGCUCCCUAGAUGGGCAUCUAGACUUUGGAACAGAGCCCAUACGCACUCUGUGAGUUUUGAUAAUCUCAGAAUCAAAAUGUACUGAUACAGUAUUCCAGCCAGACUAACCAAAACCUCAGUGUGAAGUCUUGAUGUAUAUCCAAUUGGAACUUAUCCGUUGAAAAUCUAAGAAUGAGUUUGAUUAAGACAUUGUACUUGACAUUAGGUAGGAUUUCACUGAGAUUGAAAUGGAAAAGAAAAAAAUAAACACGAAUUUGACGAUUUGUCAGAAUUUUAUAACGCACUCAAGCUGGCGUACAAGUUUUUUAUAAAACCUUAUGAUCCAUGUUGUGAUUUCAUCAAAGCACGUUCCACAGAUAAACAUGUAAAUGGAAAAAGAAGGUUUCAACGCAAAUUGCUUUUUUGAUUAUUGAUAGUGCUGAUUUGCACAAAAACAGCUGUUGUCAAUAAGAAAGAGAACAUUUAGUGUUUAGUUAGUGUUAUAUUCUGACAUUUUGCUCAUGUUUAUGCUUAAAUCAGAUUUAAAUAGGCUACACAGUUUUUGAUAUAAUCUUAAGAAUACUGAAUCCAAUAUCUUAUUGUACCUUUUUUGUUUCAUUUUUUAAAUGGUAUUUACCCUGAAACAAGCCAUGUGCAGAUGCAAUGGGUAAAUCGUUUAUACACUGUUGUCUCCUGUAAGGAACUUCAAAUUGACUACAGACGCUGCUCUUCUCUGUAUGAUGCUUAGCAUUGGUGUUGUCCAAAACAGAGUGACAAGAAAACAGUGUUAUACCCUUAAUCUGUGCUGCCUACUUCUCUGAGUCUCGGCUGUGUGCCGAAGUCAGCAAUGCAAUUACAGCGGCACAGCCUUUGAGAUGUGAGGAAACGCUGGUAGUUUAACAUUCUACCAUGCAUUCUCUCGUUAACAAUUUAAGGUUCAGUUUAGCAUGCUGCUUAAUCUCUGAAAUUCACAGUUGUGGUCUUAUUGAGGCUUACUGACUAUAUGUGGCCAUAAUGAAACACUUAAAAUAAUCAUUUUGAUUAUAAGAUCAGAGGAUCUAAUGGACACGUAAAAUUGAUCAGACCAUUGAAAAAUGAUAUCUUAUCCACAUAAGUGAGAUUUGUUCUACAAAGUUGUGAGCGACAGGCUGUUUUGUUGAUUGUUUCAUGUUCUAUUUUUUGUGAUAUGAUGUUCCACACACUGUAAAUUCUCAUUUGUGGAAACCCACUAGGCCUAGAUAUACAGUAUUUAUUAAAUAAAUAAUGUCUAUUUAUUAUUAGUUAUGUUUAUUAAAUAAAUAAAGCAUAGCUAUUAAUUCAUUAAAAAUAAUGAAUAUUAAAUAAAUAAUAAAAUAAUACAUAUUUUAAAUUAAAUUAUUAAAUAAUUAACUAAAUAAUGCAAAGAUAUUUAUUAAAAAGGUAAAUAAAUGUCAAAUUUGUUCUGAUUGGAGGAUUUACAUUUUAAGUAUGGACAGAAACAAUUGCCUGGAAACUUGUCGCAUCGCACUUGAAUGAAACAAUUGAAGAGGUUAUGGUUAGUCUGGAAAUCCAAGCUGUUGUCAUAACCUGUUACUUAGUGAUUCAAAGUUUUUUUUUCUGCUAAUUCUCAUUCUUCCCUGCUAAUCUUAUUCAAUGCUGUUUUCACUGUAUGAUGUAAAUCGGGUUUCAUUUGCUUUACCAACCCUCUCUUUGUGAUAGAUCUAGGGCUGUCAAAAGAUUAAUCGCGAUUAAUCGCAUCCAGAAUAAAAGUUUGUGUUUACAUAAUAUUUAUCUGUUUACUGUGCAUAAUAAUUUUGUAUUUAUUAACACAAACACAUCCAUGCAUAUAUUUAAGAAAAAUCUAAAUAUUAAUAAACAUUUAUAUAUCAUUUCAAUUAUUGGUAAAUAUAAAUAAAUACAUGAAAAUAUUUCCUAAAUAUGUAUACUUGUGUAUGUGUUUGUAUUUAUAAAUACAAAAUUAAUAUGCACAGUACAUAGACAUAUAUUAUGUAAACACAAACUUUUAUUCUGGAUGCGAUUAAUCGCGAUUAAUCUUUUGACAGCCCUAGAUAGAUCAUAACUAUAUAACAGUAAUGACAUCACAAAAGCUAAUUUUUUUAAAAAGCUAUUUACGUGUGAUAGAAACCAGACAUGUUUUGACAAGAAAUUGUAAUACAAAAAUCUACAGCUGCAUGACCCAAGGUUAUUGUUACAUCUUUAUUUCAAUAUUUCUAUGGAAAACUACUGUCAUUUUGGAAUUGUUUCAAAUAAAUGUAUUUUUGUACAUCUGAUACAGA